UGUAUAUAUUCCAAGUGCUCCGCCUGCUCUCUAUCUAUAUAUUUCUCGUGUCUCCUCGUUCCUGUGCCCAUCCGGACGUCAGCCUUUCCUUCACCAGUUCCCCCCCAUCCUCCCCAGCCUCUCACCAUCCGUCCUUCGAACAGUCCCCAAGAUGUCUUCCGUGACUAACGGCGCAUCGGCGGCAGAGGCCUCCAAGCCUUCCCGCUUCGAUCCCAACUUCACUCAACAUGUCAUCGACACUAUGGGCCCCAAUACUACUGAGAGGAACCGGGUGGUCUUGAGUGCGCUGAUUAGACACGUCCACGACUUUGCUCGCGAAGUCGAGCUUACGAUCGACGAAUGGCUGGCCGGCGUCCGCUACAUCAACGAGGUCGGCCGCGUCUACACCGAGUCCAAGCAGACGAGGAACGAGACGCACCGACUGUCCGACAUUCUCGGGCUCGAGACACUGGUCGACGAGAUCGCGCACAAGAUCAUCUCAGAGACGGACGUCGACCCGACGUCGUCGGCGAUCCUGGGGCCGUUCUGGUCGCCGAACGCGCCGUUCCGAGAGAACGGGGACACGAUCAUCCAGAACCCGGCGCCGAACGGGCGGGUGACGCUCAUGCACGGCGUGAUCAGCGACCUGGUGACGGGCAAGCCGAUCCCCGGGGCCGUGUUCGACCUCUGGCAGGCGUCGGCCAACGGCAAGUAUGACUUCCAGGACCCGGACAACCAGUCGCCCAACAACCUGCGCGGCAAGUUCCGCGCGGACGAGAACGGCAAGUAUUGGUUCUACUGCUACUACCCGACCGCCUACUCGCUGCCCCGCGACGGCCCCUCGUGGCAGCUGCUGCAGAUGAUGGACCGCCACCCCAUGCGGCCCGCCCACAUCCACAUCAUGGUGACGCACCCGGACUACAAGGGCUGCACGACGCAGCUGUACCCGAAGGAGGACCCGUGGCUGUCGUCGGACACGGUGUUCGCGGUGAAGGACGACCUGGUGGUCGACUUCAAGCCGCUCGAGGGCGACAGCAAGGCCGAGCUCGAGCUCAACUACAACGUCAUCCUCGCGCCGAAGGACUACAAGGGCAAGCCGUUCUAGACGAGCCGGCGCACCGACGCGGCGGGGGUCGAAACGCGAGCGCCUGCAGGCCCACACGGCGGGACAGCCGUCCGGGACUCGUCUUUGGGACUAGGACCCGUUAUCGAGAGAAAGGGGGGAUUUCCUGGCGUACUCGGUCGGAAGGGAAGGGAAGGGAAUAUUCACUAGCCGACAACAUCCGCUGCCAACGCGGAGAGGGAGAUCUGGUGGGGAAGAAGGACGAGGCGGUAUGGCCAUCAGGAUACGCUACGGGAUGCCUCACCCGGCGCCCAUCUGUCUCCUCUAC